ACGAGGUGCUGGCGGUGAACUUGGCGUUCAAGCUGUACAGAAUGCCGGACGAGAGCGUGUCCGCGGAGAACACGCGCGACGAGCUCCUCCGGCGCGUGAAGGGGCUGGCGCCGCGGGUGGUGACGCUGGUGGAGCAGGAGAUGAACGGGAACACGGCGCCAUGCCCGAUGCGCGUGGAGGAGGCGCUGGCGUACUACGGGGCGCUGCUCGAGUCGAUCCAGUCUACAGUGCCGAGGGACAAGUCGAAGCAAGAGAGGGCGGAGAAGGGGCUGAGUCGGAAAUUGGGGAACUUGAUUUCCUGCGAAGGGAAAAUUCCCCUUGUUUUCUCAGAAAUUAAAAUAGGGAAGAUGGAAAGCAUCUCAGUUCAGCUCCGAGGUUAGUUCCCUUGUCAAAGCUCAUUCUGCUCAGGAAGAGAGA